GUGAAGCAAAUACAAAGAACAGUGUGUUGGGAAGGAGAAUGUAACGAAAGUGCAUAUGCUAAAUGGUAAUGAUGUUAAAGUCUCACCAUCCUUAAACGCCUUUACUUGAAUCCAACUCUACUCCAUCCCCAUUCCAAUUUUCUCUCUUCCUCUGCAAUCCACCAAACCGCCUUUCAGAAAAUUCCAAGAAAACAUUUAAAAAAAAAAAAAGAUUAAAUUUUUGCAAUGCUUUCUUCAUCUUCAAGCUCCAUACCUAGAGAUAAUGAUGGGUUGCACCAAGAGGCCUCUCUGGGCACUAGUAUUUCUCCCUCUGUAGCUGUGUACACAAGAAAUACUCCAGAGAUACUAUUAGAGCAUCAGGAGGAAUUGGUGGUAGAGAGGAAGCAGAAAAAGAGGAGAGAGAGGGAGGAAGGAGAUCAGCUGUCUCUGUUGGCUGUUUUAGUCACUGUGUUUAGGAAAUCAUUGGUGUCUUCUUGUAAGAGCAUUGAGGAGCAUCUCUCCUCUUCUCCUUCUUCUUCUUCUUCUUCUUCUUCUUCUUUCUGUUCUUCUUCAGCUUCUGCCAUGGAGAUUAGUUGGCCUAGCAAUGUCAGACAUGUUGCCCAUGUCACCUUUGAUAGAUUCAAUGGCUUUCUUGGCCUCCCUGUUGAAUUUGAACCUGAAGUCCCCAGAAGACCCCCUAGUGCCAGUACGAGAGUGUUUGGUGUUUCGACAGAGUGUAUGCAACUCUCGUUUGACUCCAGAGGGAAUUGUGUGCCUACAAUACUCUUGAUGAUGCAAGGACGCUUGUAUACACAAGGCGGCUUGCAGGCGGAAGGCAUAUUCAGAAUUAACGCUGAAAAUGGGCAGGAAGAGAUGGUUAGGGAGCAGUUAAAUAGCGGGAUUGUGCCAAAUGACAUCGAUGUUCACUGCUUAGCUGGUCUCAUUAAGGCUUGGUUUAGAGAACUCCCGAGGGGAGUACUGGACUCGCUCUCGCCAGAGGAAGUUAUGCGCGCUCAAUCAGAAGAAGAAUGCGUUCGGCUUGUGAGGCUUCUCCCGCCAACAGAAGCUUCGCUGUUAGACUGGGCAAUAAACCUGAUGGCCGAUGUUGCUGAAAUGGAACAACUUAAUAAAAUGAAUGCGCGGAAUAUUGCCAUGGUUUUUGCACCUAACAUGACUCAGAUGGCAGAUCCCUUGACAGCGCUGAUGUACGCUGUUCAAGUUAUGAACUUUCUCAAGAUUCUCAUAGAGAGGACCCUGCAAGACCGAGAAGAAUGUAUAAUAGAAGCUGGUCCAGCGCCAGACUUGGAGCCGUUCGAUGAAAACGGGCAUCACAGCACUGCUCACCCGACAACUCAAGAGGAAAACGAGAGUGAUCAUGAAGAGGAACAAAACGUGCAGCCCAAAAAAACAUCCUCAGAUGGUGCCACCGAAGAGGAGGCUGCAGCUUCCGGUUUUCUGAGCUCCAUUGAAAACAUCCUCCCCGGGGGAAAUGGGAACAACAUUAGAGAUGAUCACCCUGGCGAAAUACUGAACCAGUCUGAUGAAGCCAGGGAUGGAAGUGAAGGCUGGAACGCUGUCACAACGAGUGUAAGAGUCCAAUCAAAACCCCGAAGAGCUAAAAGCACGCAAUCGAGUAGCUCCAAUCCAAAGAAGGCCUCCAACAAAAGAAUCAUCACCGAGCUCCAAGCGGUGAAAAAUGCAGAGAAGAACAAAGAGGUUAGCAUCCUGGACCGCCUAAAUUCUCAGACAGAAAGGAUAGAAGCUUGGAGGUGAAACAAAUCUGCAGAUUGUGUGGUGCUUGUUCAAGGAAGUUAUGUGCAUUGUGAUUUAUAUUUGGUUUUUAUGCAAAUUGUGUAUUACGGUAUUCAUUUAUUUUUAAUCCUAUCCUUUUUGGUGAAGUUCUUCAAUCUGCUGAUCCACUUCCCUAACCCAUUUUAUGACCUCCCAUCUUUUUGUUUUUGAGUGAAGACUUUUUCUAUAUGAAUAUUAUGCAAAAUCUGUGGCCAUUUAAUAUAAUUUAUUCAUUGUUACAAGUC